UGCACCUUCCUUCGCACGCCACACAGAGCAAGACCCGACACGACGGCAGGCCAAAACAAUUUAACAAGCACCACCAGUACACACUUCUCACCGCCGAUGGAGAGAGAGAUCGCCAUGAAUUCCGGUGUGCAGAGAUCGCACAUGCAUCCAUUCCUGCCCGGACCGUGAAACCCAUGCUUCCAUUUCAACAAUCCCCAAUCCACCGGUAUAUAUAUAAGAACGGGGCAUCGCAUGUACGUAAAAAAUUAGCCCAGUCCACACUUCCGAAUUAACUUCCCCGGCCAUGGCACGACUGCUCGUCCUGGCGCUGCUGCUCGUGCUGGCGACACCAGGAAGCGAGGCUCUCCCGGUGCUCGUGCCGGUGACCAAGGACCCGAAAACCUCCCUCUACACGAUCCCCUUCCACGACGGCGCCGCCCUCGUCCUCGACACGGCCGGCCCGCUCGUCUGGACGACCUGCCAGCCCGACCACCACCCGGCGGUGCUCGCCUGCACCAGCCCCACCUGCAAGCUCGCCAACGGCUUCCCCUUCCCCGGCUGCCGCUCCUCCUCCUCCGGCAGCAGCUGUCCACCCAACAGCCAUAACAAGUGCACGGUCUACCCGUACAACCCGGUCACCGGCUCCUGCGCUCCCGGUGACCUGAGCCACACGAGGUUCGUCGCCAACACCACCGACGGCCGGAACCCGGUCAGCCAGGUCUCCGUCAAAGCCAUCGCCGCCUGCGUUUCGCUGGGGGAUAACAAGAAGCUCCUGGAGAAGUUGCCGUUGGGCUCCGCCGGCGUCGCGGGCCUCGCCGGCACCGGCCUCGCGCUCCCGGCCCAGGUCGCGGGGUCUCAGAGACUCCCCAAGAAGUUCCUCCUCUGCUUGUCCCGUGGCGGCGUCUACGGCCCGGGCGUCGCCGUCUUCGGCUCCGGCGGCCCGUUGUUCCUCCUCCGUGACCAGCCGGAGUACACGCAGUCGCUUACUUACACGCCUCUCGUGGUCACCAAGAAAGGCAGCCCGGCGUACUACGUGUCCGUCAAGUCCAUCCUGCUCGAAAACACUCCCGUCCGACUCCCAAAGAAGGCGCUGGCAACCGGCGGCGCCGUGCUCUGCACUCGGACGCCGUACACGCUCCUCCGCCGGGACGUGUACCGGCCUUUCUUGGCCGCGUUCGAGAAGGCACUGGCGAAGCAGAUCCCCUGGGCGAAGAAGGCGAGGAGCCCUGUGAAGCAGUUGAAGCUCUGCUACGAGGCCAAUACGCUGCCCAACGGGCUGUCGGGGUACCUUGUGCCGAGCGUGGCGCUGGCCAUGGAAGGCGGCGGGAGCUGGACGAUGACCGGGUCGAGCUCCAUGGUGGACGUCAAGCCCGGGACGGCGUGCCUGGCGUUCGUGGAGAUGGAAGGGGUGAAGGAAGGGGAUGCGAGCGCGCCGGCGGUGCUCGUCGGUGGGUUCCAGAUGGAGAACUUCGUGCUGCAGUUUGAUUUGGAGAAGAAGAGGCUUGGGUUCUUUAGGUUGCCUGUGUUUACUCAGUGCGGUCACUUCAAUUUCACUCGCACCGGCUAAGGCUUUUGCUCUGGCUGGUGUGGCUGGGGAUCGAUCGGAUCGUUGUACUAAUAAACCUGUAUCUUUUGUCUUUGUUUUGUUUUCGAACAAAAUAUUUGCACUACCAUCUGCAGAAGAGCUGUGAAUGUCAUUUUUUGGAAAAUCGACAAACAUCAGAGAAAGUUACUACAGUUGAAAGCAA